UCCUCCUCCACCGCUUCCUCCCCCUCGGGUGGCCAUACACCCUUGAAGUUUCGUGUGCAGCGGUGGCACGGCCUGGCGGGGUGCCACGGCACGGCACUGCACGCCCGACAAGGAUGAGGAGCUGCCCAUGGGAUGCGAGGACCCAGCUGGAGAGGGACAGCGGGGCUGGGAGGGAGCCCCGGCAGCGGCCGAGGAGGAGGAGCCGUGCAGGCUGGUGCUGAGCACACCCAGCAGCAUCCUGCGGGACAGGGAGAUCGAGGAGCUGGGCCCCCAGCUGCCCCCGCGGCUGACGCAGCAGCCCUGGCACCUGCUCUACUCGACCGGGCGGGACGGCUUCAGCCUGCGGACGCUGUACCGGAGCGGGGCCCGGCCGGACUCCCCGGCCCUGCUGCUCAUCAGGGACACGGAGGCGCAGGCUUUCGGUGCCUUCUCCGCCACCGCCAUUCGCAGCAGCAGCGGCUUCUACGGCACGGGGGAGACCUUCCUCUUCUCCUUCUGCCCCGAGCUGAAGGUGUUCAGGUGGACGGGCAGGAACGACUUCUUUGUGAAAGGGGAUGUGAAUCUGCUGAUGGUCGGUGGGGGCAGGCACGGUGGCAGACCUGGGCCAGCUGCUUGUCCCGUCUCAUGUCCGUUUUGGGGAACAGAGAGUGAGGACCGGAGGUCGCUGGCCGCCCGGGAGGUGGCGUGGGAGGUCCCCCAGCCAUGGAGGAGGCAGGUCGCAGCUGACCGUGCUCUUGGCACAUUCGCAGCGGAAGGUUUGGGCUGUGGCUGGACGGGGACCUGCACCACGGGGGCAGCCAGCCCUGCGAGACUUUCGACAACGAGACCCUAUCACACCGGGAGGAGUUCUGCAUCCAGGAUCUGGAAAUGUGGGGUCUGGCCUGACCCCGACAAAGACACCCAAGUAAAAGGUGCAGGAGAGGAGAUUCUUUGGACUGAUGUCUCGAGCACAGCUGCUCCCUGACAGCACCCGCAGAGCCUGCGGGAUGCUACCAGCCUCAGCCCCUCCUCCUUUCACCUGUUCCCAAUAAUAUCCUGAUUUUACGGGGAAAGAACAGCCGGUGGGGGCAGCGGGAUUGGAAAAAACAGCAGCGGGGUCUCAGGCCUGCAGCGUCGCUGCCACGUGGCUGGGGAGCCCAGAGUGUGUGCAUGGGCCCACAAUGGCAUAGCACAACUAACCCUAACCCUAACCCCAAGCCCAACCCCAAACCACCCGGCUGGGAUGAGCCAGAGCUGCCCCAGGAGGAGGGCACUUGGCACAGCCGGGCACGGCAGGGCCCCACAGGGAAAAGGAAGCUGCAAGAGCAGUGGCACUUUAGGACUGAGCAAGCCCAGGCAGCCUCUGCCCCCAGGGCUGACUCUGGCAGUGCUGGAGACAGCACAGUCACCAUUCCUCAAUAAACUUCUCCUGGCCUCA